AUGAGUCGACCGAAAUUAAGAGAUUAUAAAGUAUUAGAGAAAAUCGGCGAGGGAGCAUUUUCCGAUGUCUACCGGGUGCGUGAUCGUGUGCUGGGCACGUACUUUGCUGCGAAGAAGCUCCGCGAAGAAUGCGACAAUAUCGACGACCCACUGCUGUGCUCGGAGGUGAAUCUGAUCAAGCAAGUCCCAAGCCAUCCGAAUCUUCUGACCAUCUUGGACGUUAUGCACUACGGCAAUCGGCUCACGUUGAUCAUGGAACUGAUGGACAUGAGUCUGCACGAUUACAUCCAGACCCGAAAACGAGCGCUGUCGGAAAAUCGGGCACGUCGUUUCAUUUUCCAGAUCAUCAGCGGCUUGGAUCAUCUGCACCGGCACGGCAUAUUCCAUCGGGACAUUAAACCGGAGAAUAUUCUAAUUAAACUGGCCCGAGGGGUUGAGAAAAAAGAACUGGUGCAACUGGGUGACUUCGGGACGAUCUGUCGGAUUGACGAACAAUUACCACACACUCCCUACAUUGCCACUCGCUGGUACCGAGCACCGGAGUGCCUCCUGACGAUGGGUUACUAUGGACCGAAGAUGGACGUUUGGGCGGUCGGGUGCUGCUUCUACGAAAUGAUCACCCGCCAACCGCUCUUCCCGGGCGGGAACGAGCUGCACAUGCUCGAUCUGAUCCACGGUCUGCUGGGAACACCGUCGAAAAGCUUGUUGGAAAAGUUUAAACAUCUCAACAUAGGAAAGCUCGAAUUUCGUAAGCACUGUCCAGAGGAUUUCCGGCUUCUGUUGCCACUGCUCAGCGCGUACGGAGUGGAUGUGCUAAAGAAAACCUUAGCGUACCAUCCGGAUCAACGGAUCAGUGCUGCCCGACUGAUUAAGCACGUUUAUUUCGAAGAUGUUAUGUAA